AUGGCGGAUCAGCUGAGUCCGGAGGAGAAGUUCAACCUGAUCACCAGGAACCUCCAGGAGGUCCUCGGCGAGGAGAAGCUGAAGCAGGUUCUUCAGGAGAGGGAGCUCAAGGUGUACUGGGGGACGGCGACCACCGGCAAACCUCACGUGGCCUACUUCGUUCCCAUGUCUAAGAUCGCUGAUUUCCUGAGGGCCGGCUGUGAGGUCACUAUUUUGUUCGCAGACCUGCACGCUUACCUCGACAACAUGAAGGCUCCCUGGGAGCUGCUGGAGCUCCGGGUGAAGUACUACGAGCAGGUGAUCAAGGCCAUGUUGGAGAGCAUCGGCGUGCCUCUGGAGAAGCUGCGUUUCAUCAAAGGCACCGACUAUCAGCUCAGCCGAGAGUACACCCUGGACGUGUACCGCCUGUCCUCCAUGGUGACGGAGCACGACGCUAAGAAGGCCGGAGCUGAAGUGGUGAAGCAGGUGGAGCAUCCUCUGCUGAGCGGUCUGCUCUACCCUGGACUACAGGCUUUGGACGAGGAGUACCUGAAAGUCGACGCCCAGUUUGGAGGAGUUGACCAGAGGAAGAUUUUCACUCUGGCGGAGAAGUACCUUCCCUCCCUUGGGUACGCAAAGCGAGCGCAUCUGAUGAACCCGAUGGUUCCGGGGCUGACGGGGACUAAAAUGAGCUCCUCAGAAGAAGACUCUAAGAUCGACCUGCUGGACUCCAAAGAGGACGUGAAGAAGAAGCUGAAGAAGGCUUUCUGUGAGCCGGGCAACAUCCAGAACAACGGCGUCCUCUCUUUCGUCAAACACGUCCUCUUUCCUCUGCGAGGAGAGUUCAGCAUCAAGCGGGACCCCAAGUGGGGCGGAGACAAAGUGUAUACGGGGUUUGAGGAAGUGGAGAAGGAUUUCGCCGAAGAGCUGAUCCAUCCCGGAGACCUGAAGGCCUCAGUGGAAGUGGCCCUGAACCAGCUCCUGGAUCCCAUCAGAAAGAAGUUCCAGUCUCCGGAGCUGCGCAAACUCACCAACUCGGCGUAUCCCGAUCCGUCGAAGACAAAAGCAGGGAAAGGUGCUAAAACAGCAGGAGGUGGAGGGGGAGGAGAAGACGAUGAGCUGGUGCCCUCCAGGCUGGACAUCAGAGUGGGCAAGAUCAUCAGCGUGGAGAAGCAUCCCGACGCCGACUCGCUGUUCCUGGAGAAGAUCGACGUGGGCGAGCCAGAGCCGAGGACGGUGGUCAGCGGCCUGGUGGCCUACGUUUCCCAGGAAGAGCUUCAGGACCGGACGGUGUUGGUCCUGUGCAACCUGAAACCGCAGAAGAUGCGAGGGAUCGAGUCUCAGGCCAUGCUGCUGUGUGCCUCAGUAGAAGGUGAGCCCAGGAGGGUGGAGCCUCUCGACCCACCGGAGGGUUCUUCGCCAGGGGAACGGGUCUUUGUGGAGGGCUAUGAGUCGGGGAAAGCAGACGAACGAUUGAACCCAAAGAAGAAGGUGUGGGAGAAGCUGCAGGUGGACCUGAAGAUCUCAGACGAGUGCGUGGCUCAGUGGAAAGACAGAAAGCUGCUGACCAAACUGGGACAGAUCACAUGUAAGACGCUGAAAGGAGGCAACAUCAGUUAAAUCCACGAGACGGACUCCGUCCAUCACCAAAAUAAUCCCCACGAUGACAACGUCAAGCUUCAUCCGGAUGGUUUUGGAAGGACGAAGGGACAUUCCUGCGAAAAUACACCAACCUUUUUUCAGACUUCUUCAUUGACGGAGGAAAAGUAUGAAGUUCCAACAGAGGAGUCGUUUGAAAGAAUAACUACAACUAAUCCAUCUGAGAUGAAAAAAAGUUUGUUAUACACCUAAAUGCAACAAUUUUACAGAGGGAAGAUAAGGAAGCCUCAUCAGUUUACUCUUUUCUUGGUCUAAGUGAUAAAAUCUCAGGUUUCUGAAUGGGCGUUUUUGUAAUUCUUCAGGUUAGAAGUGUCAAUGGAGAGGUCAGUCUGCUAACUCUGAUAAAAAGGAAUGCUUUCAAGGUUUCUAGACAUCACAUGUAUGGAAUAUCAACAGGCCUCAAGACGGUUGUAUUUUGGGUAAUGCAAAUGUUCAUAUAUUCAUGUCCGAUCAUGUUGUUAAAAUAAAGUAAUGCAUCAUCUGUAAAAUGGAAAUAAACGGUGGGUGGAUCAGUGGUUCUGCAGGUAA